AGGUGUCGUUGCGGAGGAGAGGCAUGUACAGGUGCUGCGAUCGACAUCCCAUUGCACCAUGGAGGGGCUUCUUUUCAACGUUAAUAGCGGCUACAUCGAGGGUAUCGUGCGAGGAUAUCGGAACAGCCUCCUCACCGGCCAGAACUACUCCAACUUGACGCAAUGCGAGACAAUAGACGAUGUCAAGCUCCAGCUGGCUCCCGCCUAUGGUGACUUCCUCGCUUCCCUUGCCCCCAACCCCUCUACCGCCUCGCUUGCCAGCAAGAUGACAGACAAGCUGGUUGCUGAGUUCCGCUAUCUCCUGGCUCAGGCGACGGGCUCGACCGCCAAGUUCCUUCGGUAUCUGACCUACGGGUAUAUGAUCGACAACAUUGCCCUGCUCAUCACCGGAACCCUACACGAGCGCGAUACUCGAGAGCUCUUAGACCGAUGCCACCCCCUGGGCUGGUUCGAGACGUUACCUGUGCUGUGCGUCGCAACCAACAUCGAAGAGCUUUACAACUCGGUUUUGGUGGAAACCCCGUUGGCUCCUUAUUUCAAAGACAGCCUCAGCCACCAGGAUUUGGAUGAGCUGAACAUUGAAAUUAUCCGCAACACCCUAUACAAGAACUAUUUGGAGGACUUCUAUAACUUCGUUAACACCCAUCCGGACUUCAAGGGGACACCCACCCAGGAUGUGAUGGGUGAGAUCCUCCAGUUCGAGGCUGAUCGCCGUGCGAUCAACAUCACUCUCAACUCUUUCGGUACCGAGCUUUCGAAGCAGGAGCGCAAGAAGCUCUACCCUGAAUUCGGAAGACUGUAUCCCGAGGGAUCAUUGAUGCUUUCCCGCGCCGAUGAUGUUGAAGGGGUGUCCCUCGCCGUCAGUGCUGUGGGCGAUUACAAGGCCUUCUUUGACGCGGUUGGCCUGUCGCAGGGUGGCAGUGGUGGAUUUGGUAACAUGGCGGGUGGAAGUGGCGCGGAUGGAAAGAGCCUGGAGGAUCUCUUCUAUCAGAAGGAGAUGGAUUUGUCCAAAGUUGCCUUCACUCGUCAAUUCACCCCGUCUGUGGUAUACGCGUGGUUGAAGCUCAAGGAACAGGAAAUCCGCAACGUCACUUGGAUUGCAGAGUGUAUUGCCCAGAAUCAGAAGGAGAGAAUAGGAAACUAUAUUUCUGUCUUCUAGACUACGGUUAUCCCUGUGUUAUCGUCUCAAAUAUGCGUCAAAUUCCCUUCCUGAGCAAAUCCCCUUCCUGAGCCUAUGAUACACUGUACCUAGGACUGUUCGGCUCAUGGUCACUAUUGCUACCUAGUGUUGCUGCUGUUUCCUUACUGCCUCUUUUUUUUUUUUUUUU